AUGCAGUUGAAAUUGGCCGAUGCUCUGCCGAGCUCUUAUUCGGAGAGUAUGGAGUUUGAUGCGGAAUCCUGCCUGCCUGGUGCGAAGGGUGGACCAGAGAUGGAGCUGCACAUGGGCCUGACCUUUGACCUGGAGGUUCUCCAGCAGCGUCAGGUAGGCAUGAGACAGGUGGCUCACCUGGUGAUGGUGCUGCACAGGAUGAAACACACCUUUCAGAAGUCCGACUCCACACACACUCCCCUGGGCAUGGUGUGCACCGACGAGCACAUCAUCAUGGACAACCUGUUGGAAGAGUGUGUGAUGGAGCGGGUCCAGGAGCCAGAGGGAACGGUGGAUAAAAAGGCUGAGGGGACCUUCAAGCGGCUGGACAGCCCCCAGCAGUGCACCCUGUGUGACCGUUACCAGAAGAGCCUGGUGCACAACCCUGAAACCAUGGUGCUACGUGCCGUUACACUGCGGGGCGGCAACGACCACCAGAGAGUGAGGUUCAACCUCUCCAUGUAUAAUAUUAAUAUGAAGAACUCCCACACUAUCCAGGCCCAGCCGGUUGCCUUGGGGAUUGCCAGUAGCGGCUUCAACUUGUCCUGCUUCAAGCAGACAGAACGCACAUCUCCCAUCCUACAGUUGGAGCGGAGUUCUGACGACCAGUUGAGGACCAUCAGCGCUCAGGGAGACACAGUUCGCUUCCUCUUCUACAUGACAACCAAAGGCAUCUCCCUGACCACCUUCGAGUCGGCCAAGUACCCUGGCUGGUUCAUCAGCACCUCACUGGAGCAACGCCAGCCCGUAGCAAUGUGUCAGAAAGAGGACCUCAGAAAGCUCACCACCUUCUAUGUCAACAACAAAGGGUUCUUCAAAGGUACCACCGGCUAA